AUGAAGUUUCUCCUCUUAAUUCUCGUUCUUCAAGCUGCUGUUUCUGGAGUUGUUCCUCUGUCUAAUAGUACAAGUCUAGAAGAAAAUGAUGUGCUGUUUGCACAAAGGUACCUGGGCACCUUUUAUGGCCUCCUGGUGGAAAGAACUCCCACUCAAAUGAGAAUCAUUAGCAACUUCGUGGUGGGCAAAAUCCAGGAAAUGUGGCAUUUGUUCUUGGGGCCAAAUGUGACUGGGCAGUUGGAUGCCUCUCCUCUGACAAUGAUGUCCACACCAAGAUGUGGGAGGCCCAGUGUUCACCAGUUUGGCACAAUGAUGGGGAAACCAACCAUGGAACCAGCUACCUGUGGCUCCAAUUUGACGGUUGAUACUAUCAUUACAAUUGGAAGAAAAAUUUUUUUCUUUAAAGAUUAGCUCUUUUGGUGGAUUGGAACCAGGAGUCAAGUUUUUCUUUUUAAAGAUUGCAAGUACUGGUUAAUCAGUGAUUUAAAACCACAAGCCAGCUAUACCAAGAGCACACAUUAUCUGGGUUUCCCUGACUCUGACAAGAUUGAAGUUGCUGGCUUUCAUCCACUCAUCUACAAGACCAGCCUCUUUGUGGAUAAACGAUAUUGGAGGGGAAAUGAGAGAAUAAUUAUGGAUCUUGUUUAUCCCAUAUUGAUUACUGAGAAAUUUCCAGGAAUUGGACCUAAAAUUGAUGCAGUCUUCUACUCCAAAAGACACAUUUAUUUCUUGGAAGGAUGUAAUGAACUUGAAUCUGACAAGCUAUACAACUGUGUCACCAAAGGCUGGGAAGCAAUGGUGGUUUUGGUUGUUAGGAAUGGUACAAGAAAUCUGUACCCAGCGUCCUCGCUUCUGAGAUAUUCUGAUGCAAAGUGCCAGCACUCAGCUACACCGCCCUACGGCUCAAUAAAUCUCUGCUGA